AUGGUUUUGCUCGGCAACCUCGUCAGGGCCCUGUCACUCAAUCCACCUCCGGGCCUUGGUUCAGACGACAACGAAGCGCUCGUUCGUGCUGAAAGCACCCGUCCGCACGACCGUUAUGUUCAAGGAAUCCCGUCCUACGCCACAAACAUCAAACGCUUUCAUUACACGGUGAAGCGGGCGCGCAGCAUCAUAGAGGAGCGCGAUGCCGUGGCCGUGCCUCAUUCAGAAGUUGAUAGUAUCUUGACCAAGCUGAAGGAUCUCGAGACCCAGGUGAAGGCGUGGGAAAGUCAGAACAGCGGCUCUGCAUCCAAGCCGACUUCUGACAAGCAUGGCUCCGGCAGCACGGCUGAUGAGGACUGCGACGCAGAGAACUUGAUGUACGAUCUGGGGGCAAGAGCCGCUGUGAACGACGACGGACGGGUAAGUGGACACCCGUUGUUCCGUAGAGAUGCGCCCUGCCGCAUGGAAUCUGCCCUCAGUGGUGAGAGCUCCAGCAAGUCCGCCGGUUCAAGUGACUUGACAAAGGGGUCGUCUGCUCAGGGCGGUGCUGCUCCCAACAGGGGAGGUAACAAAGCAAACCCCAACUCCUCUCCUUCUACCGGUAACGCGGCUUCGAAUCGCCCCCAGUCCGAGGUCUCGGCUGGCCAAGCUCGCACGGGCUUGACUCGGGUCGUGCCAGCUACGGUGGAAAGUGUCGAAGUCAAGACGUUGCCCGUCAAUGGCAACUUUGUCACGACGACCAUAACCAGGACGACCACUGUCAGUUCAACAGUCACGGCUGUACAACGCAACAAAGCGACGGGCUCUGCCCAAGAGGCAACACCCGACGACUCUGGCCGUGUCACGGAGGAGCCCCAAGCCAGCAACAGCGGGACUAUCGACAAGGGCAAGGUGUCUCACAAUGUCCCCGCGGCGCCAAGCUCUGGCAGCUUCGCGCAGUUCUCCAACGACACCGCCAAAUUCUCCAACGGCACUGCGGCCGGCCACAAUUCUCAAGUUGCGCAUCAAAGGCCGGCGGCGAGUGUCGCAGUUGACGACAAGUCUUUGAACCACACCUCUGUCGAGAAGACGGAACCGUCCCAGCUCGUCGACGAGAAGACUGUCCAAGAAACCGGGACGGCAGGGGAUCCCACAGCAGCAUCCCAGGAAUCUGUGAGCGUCGCUCCCGAUGAAUCCGCCAACGACAAUACCACGGCGGACACUGUCGCCACCGCUCCUGGUGACCAAACUACGACUCUAGACGUGACUACAGACCCGGGGCCGGGGGACGACGACACCGGCGCCGAGACAGCUGAAGAGUCCCUCAACAGCGUGCCUGAGCAGGAAGCAGACUCUUCUCCGGAGACCAGCAGCCCGAGCGAAAAGAUUCAGGUUGUCACCGUGGUCCCCAUCGCGGCCGAGUCGGCCAGCGCGCCAGCUGCCAUGGCCACUCCGGCCGUGACCCGGGGCCUUGCGGCAGAGAUGGCCGAGCCAGCCACGAGUGUUGAAACUGGAGCCAGCGAGGCUGCUCCCCGGGUGCGGGCCGGUUUCGUGACGGUGCUGGUACCUGAAUCCAAGUAG